AUGGGCUCCAUCAAUCCCAGCGACACGCCGGCGCUCGCCACGAACCCGCGGUUCAUCUUCUUCACCGACUUUGACGGCACCGUCACGACGGCCGACUCCAACGACUACAUGACGGACAACCUGGGCUACGGGCGCGAGCGCCGCGUCCAGGGCAACAAGGACGUGCUCUUCGGCGGCGUCCACUUCCGCGACUCGUUCCAGGAGAUGAUGGACAGCAUCAAGACACCGUACCCCGAGUGCGUCGCCACGCUCCUCAAGAACAUCAAGCUCGACCCGGGCUUCAAGGAGUUUUACGCGUGGUCGCGCGAGAACAACGUGCCCAUCGUCAUCCUCAGCGGCGGCAUGCAGCCCAUCAUCCGCGCGCUGCUCGACAACCUGCUCGGCGAGGGCCAGUGGGACAUUCAGAUUGUCAGCAACGACGUGCGCGCCCGUGACGGCAAGACGCUCGACCAGGAGGGCGGCUGGCGCAUCGAGUUCCACGACGACAGCAUCCACGGCCACGACAAGUCCAUUGAGAUCCGCAAGUACUCGUCCUUGCCCAACAGGCCCACCAUGUUUUACGCCGGCGACGGCGUGUCGGAUCUGUCGGCGGCCAAGGAGACGGACCUGCUGUUUGCAAAGGCCGACAAGGAUCUCGUCACCUGGUGCGAAAAUGAAAAGGUGCCCUUCGUCACGUUCCGCGACUGGACGAGCAUUACGCAGACGGUCAAGGACAUUGCCGAGGGCAAAAUCACCGUCCAGGACGCCGCCCGCGGCCGCAUCUAA